AUGAAGCCCGAGGACACUGCAGGCCGUGUUCCCAAAGAGGCCCUUAUCAUAUCCCAGUCAGUGAUGCUGGCACUAUGUGUGGUAGCAAUCACCACACGCUUCAUCAUUCGCUUCAGAGUGCAGAAGCAAUCCUUCUCUGCCGAUGAUGGCUUCUUGCUCCUCGCUUUUAGCCUUCUUCUGUGCAGUGUUGUCGUCAUGUUCAAGGAAGUCAUGAAUCGCAUGUAUCUCAUUGUCGCUCUGCAGACUGGCGUCCCGGGAGUCGUACCUCCUCCAGACUGGAUGCAGAUAUCAUUCCACUUCCACAAAUGGGUCACUGUAUGUGGCAUGGUAGCUUGGGCCUCUGUCGUCGCCGUCAAGUUGAGCUUCUUGUUUUUCUUCAAGAAGUUGAUUGACCGGGUGCCUGUACUCAACUACUACUGGUGGGUGGUUGUCCUCUUCAACUUGGCCUGCCUGGGAUAUGGCACUGCUAUCUGGUACAUCGGGUGCCCUUAUUAUUUCGACUUGAGAGAACUGCAAUGCGCCACUGGCAGGUUCAAAAAGCUUCUCGUCCACCACUCCACUGCCCAAAUGGUCCUUGACCUCGUCGGUGAUGCUCUGAUACUUGCCAUACCAAUUUGCAUCAUCUGGCAGAUUAAAGUACAGUGGACGCAAAAGCUUGCUUUGGCAUCUUCGCUUUGCUUGACCGUUAUCAUGAUGGCCACCACUGUUGCUCGUCUCGCUGGACUGAUCAACAACGACAUGGUUGAUACCAUAUGGGAGCUGUAUUGGACUGUCCUUAGCGCCCAGGUCGGUGUCUUUCUCGCGGCAGCAACUGCUUUCCGAAGCUUUUUCGUAUCACGGAAAAACAGCAAGGCAUUAUCGCCCAAAGAGCAAGCUCAACGAUUCUUCUCUGCCUCUUUUGCUGCAAAGUUCAAUCGUAAGAGGAAAGAUACGCUGCUGGAUGAUACACUUGAGUCUGGGACCGGAAAGGGGUCUUCUGGCUUACCGACCGUCCCCAGGGCUCAGAUGACUGGUCUUCGGACAUUUAUCAACGACCAAGGAGAAAUCCAGUCAAUCCAAGCAAACUCGCCAGAAUCUACCCUUUACAGUAAGGAAGAUGGUAGUGCUCGGCUGCACUCAUCCGCGUCUAGCAAGGAGCCAGAAAUCAUGAUAAGGGACGUGUAA